AUGGGGGAUUGUGGGAGCUUUGCUGUCAUUGAAGGCCAAGGAAGUAGCAAGAACCUUCAGGGCAGAGGGAACCAGGCAGAUCCCGGUUCAUUCCAAUAUCAGAACAAUGGAGACUGCACAAAGAACAAAGCAAGCAAAGGAACAUUCUGGGCUCUGGGCUUCCUUUGCGGGGGAGGGGGACUUUCAUUGUGGGGCAGAAAUCAUGACAUCUGGGUUCUAAUCCCAGAACCCUCCCUUAUCUUCUGCCUGAACUCAUCUAGUAAUGUGGCUUUGCUUGCUCUGCAAGCUUGGAUGGGCCAACCGAAUGAAUAA